UCUACCAGGUCUUCCCAAGGAAGUAAUCCGGGGCAGUAGGGAAAGCCGCCCCCAGUCUCUGAGCGCUGGCUCAGCACGUGUCACAGUUGUUUGGUGGGCUACCUAAAUAGGGAAGCUGGGCUGCCUAGCCUCUGUGUUUUCCUCCGUCCCUUACUUCUGUCUUUCUCAGAGUUCAUCAACUCCCCCAGAGUUUGCCUGAUACAUUUUCCUCAAGAGCCGAUCCCAUCAAGACUGAAUUUUCCAUCUCCACAUGGCCCUGUAGCUCUAGGCAGGAUCCUUCCAUUUGCUUGGUUCAUUUCUCGGAUUUUCGCUAGGCCUUGCUAUUUCAGAGCUAGAGAACCUUUCUUUGUCUUAAAAUUCUCAGGCCCUCUCCCUCAGUACACAUGGUUCUGACUUAAAGUGGCUUGAUUUUCAAAUUUUCAACUUCAAGAUGAUGUGAAAGUGAGGCACAUUCAGUAGAAGCCAGACUUUGAAUUUUGAGUUUGGCUCUUCUCUCAGGUCAGCAGUCUGUGGUAUGAUAGUCCCUUGUGAUGCUGGGCAGCCGCAACUCCCAGGCAACCGCUCCAUCACGAUGGUAAACGGCUGGCACACUUCUAACCAUUCUGGUUUUCACUUCCAGGACGGUAUGUGGUAAAUUACAUGAGAUAUCAACACUUUAUUACAAAAUAAGACUUUGAUUAAAUUAUUUUGCCCAACUGUGGGCUAAUGUAAGUGUUCUGAGCACAUUUAAAGCUAGUUGAAGCUAGGAUUGGUAGCUUAUGUAUAUUAAAUGCAUUUCAACCUAGGAGGUUCCCGAUUUAGGCUGGGCUCAUUGGAACAUCAUCCCAUCAUAAGCUGUGGAAGAUAUGUAUGUAUCCAGAAACGGGCACAGUCAAAAGUUGGAACAAAAUCAAUAUUGUAAUACUAGAAAUCUCAACUCCCCACUAGAAAUUGCCAUGCCUGGAGCUAUUUCUCUAGGGUUACAGGAGAGGGGAGGCCCCUCAUCUACUAGUUUUCACAGAGUGGUGGGUGGCGACACCAUCUCUCAACCCCACCUCCUACCCAAAUCCCCUCUGAAAAGGUAGGGUUCAGAUAUCAGCAUAACAACCUAUGAGACAUAGGGUGGGGUGGAGAAGGUUUGGGAGUCUUAGAUCAAAUGUCUUAAAUAAGGCAGGACCAGGUGUCCCCAGUACAAAACAGCUAGGAAGGACCUACCAUAGACUCCCAUUGUGGAUUAGACCAGCAUGAAAGAAGACUGUCCAUAGCAUUUGGAUUAGUCAUGGCCGUGAAGAGGAGAAGACACACAGCACAGGCUGUGCCUGGCAGGGAGUCUGGAGUUUCUGGUUUCCCAGUUCUGGAAGGCGUGAGCCAGGGGAGGGGCCUCCUGGUAAGGGGAGGGCGGGAAUCUGGGGCAGGGCCCCAGUCAGCUAUGCAAGGCUGCGCAAGCAGAGGCAACACAGAACAGGAGGAUCCCAUCGCCCUCCUGGAGCUCGGGAGAGGAGAUACUCCAGCUUUGAUCGCCUACUUCCACACUCCUGCUCAGAGAUCAUAACUCCCAUUUGCUAUUCUGAAGCAUCUGCUUAUCCUGUACCCCAAGGAUGGAACCACAACUAGGAGUGAAAAUUGGCUGCUUCUUUGCCCUGCUGAUUCUCACCCUGGUCUGUGGCCUUAUUCCCAUCUGCUUCAAGUGGUUCCAGAUUGAUGCCGCCACAGGUCGUCACCGCCGGGUCCUCAGCCUCCUGGGCUGCACCUCUGCUGGUGUUUUCCUGGGAGCAGGGCUCAUGCACAUGACUGCUGAAGCCCUGGAGGGAAUUGACUCAGAGAUCCAGAAGUUUAAGAUGCAGAACAGGACAGAAAGGGAGGGAAAUGCUUCUGAUGAUGCUGAUUCAGCUCAGAUGGAGUAUCCCUUCGGAGAGCUCAUCAUCUCCCUGGGCUUCUUCUUUGUCUUCUUUCUGGAGUCGCUGGCACUGCAAUGCUGUCCUGGGGCUGCUGGAGGAACGACAGUGCAGGAGGAGUUGGGUGGGACUCAUGUCCUUGAACUCCACAGCCACGGACCCCCACCCUCACCCUCAAAGGGCCCCCUUCGGGCCCUCGUCCUCUUGCUCUCACUCUCCUUUCACUCAGUGUUUGAAGGGCUAGCCGUGGGGCUGCAGCCAACAGUAGCAACCACCAUUCAGCUCUGUCUUGCUGUCCUGGCUCACAAAGUGCUCGUAGUAUUUGGGGUUGGACUGCGGCUGGUGCGGAUAGGUACUAGGUCACGAUGGGCCAUGUUGUCCAUACUGUCAUUAGCUCUCAUGUCCCCCAUGGGCCUAGUCCUGGGGCUGGCUGUGACCCAAGGGGACUCUAAAGCAGGGCAGGGCUUAUCCCAGGCUGCAUUACAAGGUGUGGCAGCCGGCACCUUUCUGUAUGUCACCUUCCUGGAAAUUCUGCCCCGGGAGCUAGCUGGCCCUGAGGCCCCUCUGGCCAAAUGGGGCUGCGUAGCCGCUGGUUUUGCCUUCAUGGCCUUUAUUGCCUUGUGGGCCUGAGAGAUUCUAGAUUUUUCUGAUGGGCCUAUCUAGGAUGGCCUUCCUACCCUUGGGAGAUACUUCCCCAAUGGGUUUGGCCCUCCACUGAGACUAAGUGGCAUUCAUUAGGCAUCGCCCUCAUGAACUGGACCACAGCUUUCUCCUACAUGAGAAUCCAUUUCGCCAGGACUGAGAAGAGGACGUUUAGGUUGAGUGCCUCUAAAUUGGAGAAUUGAUAUGAAGACCAUCACUCUAGAUUUAACUCUUGUCCCAUUUUUGCUACUGUGUAUAAUAAAAUGUUCCAUUUUACCCUUCCCCUUCAGUCAUGCUAUACUUCAUUUCUCCAGGUAGCCUAGGAGCUGCCUGGUACAGGAAGUGAUGGAGUGGGGAAUGGAAAGGCUGACUGUUGGAUAUUGUAUUUUCUCCUGGAAUCCAGGCCCCUAGCCAUUCUGCCAGUUGCAGGCCAUGCCUCCAUACAUGGGAGCAUUGCUGAAAUUCCAGCAACCUACUCCUGCCUUGCCCACAGGUGUUGAGAAACUGAGCUAGAGUUCCCAACAUUUAGAGAGAAGAGGUGUAAAAACAGAAACCACGGGAUCUAGAUUUUUUCCUAUGCUAACCACACCCACUCCACUCCCAAUACCUAUUAUUGGCCAACUACAGUGUGUCCAGCAGACUCUUGAGAUCAGGCUAAAUAGAGCCUCCUUCCCUCUGGUUCCUAUUUUUCACACUGAGCCCUGCGUAGCCUCAAGGAUGCUGUGGCUCUUCUUUAAGCCUCUGUCUCCAUCCAGCUGCCUUGUGCUGAGGGAUUAAGAAGCAGUGUGUUUGGAGAGGGAGAAAGGCGCCAGAUAAAUGCCUAGGGUGAUUACCGGGCUUUGCCACAACUUACUGGCUUUCCUGCUGCCUGCUCUACCUGCUGCUCUGCCUCCAGCCCCUCCCCACUAGGCCAUCUUUCAGUGUGAGGAACCCCUACAAUGUGUUGCUUCUCUUAAAAACUAUGAAGGACGAACACAAAGCUUAUUAUCUGCUGUUGUCCAGUGCCCUGACCCAUGAAAUGGAGGAGUAUCUCAGACUUCGUGGAGAAGGAGGGGAGAGAAGGUGCACCCCAUGAGCACAGUCACUCUCCCCACUUUGCCCCUUCUGAUACUCCAGUAUAUUCCUCUUAAGUGGUAAAAGUUGGGAAACAAACAUAAUGUCCUGAACAUGGAACUGGUUAAAAUAUGAUGCAUAUCCUUACAACAGAAUACUAUGCAAAGUACACCAACAGAAUACUGUGCAAGUACACCUUUGCUACUGACAUGAAAUAAGUCCAAAAUAUAUUCUUAGUGGGAAAGAGAAAACAGUGUACUACAUUGCAUAUAAUUGUUAUUAUCGGUGAAGGAAAAUGAGGGAACACAUGCACAUGUAUACAUGUUAAUUAACUUUUUUGAAUGUUUUCUUUAUUUAUUUGAAAGAAAGAGAGCAUGUGAGCAAGGGGGAGGGGUAGAGGUCAAGAAAGAAGCAGACAUCCCCACUGAGCAGGGAGCCUGACCACUCAAGACCAGGGGCUCCAAUCCCAGGAUGCAAGAAUCAUGACCUGAGCUGAAGGCACACGCUUAACCCACUGAGCCACCCAUGUGCCCUGUCAAUAAACUUUUAUUUCUAUUUUUUUGUAA